AUGAUUUUGCAUCAAAUCGAGGCAUUGGUUGCCGUUGGCGUGACCGAUAUCAUCCUUGCCGUCAACUAUCGGCCUGAAAUCAUGGUUGCCCAUAUGAAGGACUACGAGUCUAAAUAUAACGUCAAAAUUACGUUUUCCGUGGAAACCGAACCGCUUGGCACGGCAGGCCCUCUUGCCUUGGCGAAGGCCAUUUUUAAUGAAACCCCUAACGAGUCCUUUUUUGUCUUGAACUCGGACAUCAUUUGCGAUUUCCCUUUUGCCAAAAUGUUCCACAAAGCACACGGCAAAGAAGGCACCAUUUUGGUAACUCGAGUCGAGGAGCCAUCUAAAUAUGGCGUGAUAGUUACGCGCGCAAACAAUCAAAGCGACCACGAUGGCCCUUCGUUUGGCGGCGAUCAAUUAAACGGACACGCAGCCUCGCCCACGCUUAUUGACCAAUUUGUGGAAAAACCGAAAGAGUUUGUCUCAAAUCGAAUUAAUGCCGGGAUUUAUCUUUUCACUCCGGCAAUUUUGCAGCGUAUUGAGCCAAAACCGACAUCCAUUGAGAAGGAAGUUUUCCCCUUGAUGGCGUAUGAUGAGCAGCUACAUGCUUUUGAUUUGGAUGGAUUUUGGAUGGACGUGGGCCAGCCAAAAGAUUACCUUGCUGGAACUGGUCUGUAUUUAAACCACCUAUCUCCAAAGCUUUCUAAACAAUCUCUGGGCGACUUGAAUUGUGUUGGAAACAUCCUUGUGCAUCCCACAGCCAAGAUAGGAGCUGACUGUAAAUUAGGACCAGAUGUGGUCAUUGGUCCCGGAGUCACCAUCGGUGAUGGCGUGAGAAUCUCCCGCUCUGUUAUUUUUGAAAAAUGCAACAUCAAGUCCCAUUCUUUUGUGCAGAACUCUAUCAUUGGCUGGAACUCCCAUGUUGGAAGAUGGAGCAGAGUGGAGGGAAUCUCCAUCCUCGGUGAUGAUGUGAUCGUCGGUGAUGAAGUUGGUGUUGUUUAG